AUGAGGGGACAGGUGCUGAAACUGCUGCUCUUUUUGAAUAUCUUCUUUUUGGGGAGCCUUCUGGUCCUCUCCAUCUGGUAUACGAUGGAGAAAGGAUAUAAGAAACCUCACCGCAAUCUACUGCAAAGCACCGAUUCCUUGUGUUUCAGGGAGAGUUCGAAUCAGUUCAUAGAUUUCUGCUCUCAAGUCUCACAAAUGGAAGAACUUGACAAUAAACCAUUGAGUGAGCCCAUCAAAAAAGAACCUGAAAAAACGGAUGGCAAGAAACAAGCUGCUAAGCCAUGUAAAGACUGCAGCAAAGACAAAUCUGAGCAAAUACCCAAUAAGAAGCAAGCUGCCAACCAACAUAAACCCUGUAAAGACUGCAGGAAGAAAAUAACCGAAAUGCUAAAGCCUUACUCCGAACUCUGGAAGAGACAGGAGGAAAAACACGAAGAAUUAAGAGUUAAGCUGAACUUAAAGGUCAGAGGUUAUGAAAAGGCCAUCAUUACUCAGAAGAACACUCUGGUGGGAGCAAUGCUUGCUACAGAUGGAGAUAAAAAGAGGGUUUUUGAGGUGAAAUCGGAGCAUUUUGACACAUUUUUGAAGGAGUCUCCUUUUGCAAAUAAAACCUACAGCUCUUGUGCUGUUGUUGGGAAUGCUGGGAUCCUGGCAAACAGCAGCUGUGGGAAAGAUAUUGACUCAGCUGAGUUUGUCAUCAGGUGCAACCUCCCGCCUUUAAGAAAUGGAUACGAGAAACACGUUGGGGUCAAGACGGACCUCGUGUCAGCAAACCCGAGCAUACUUUUACAAAAGUAUGACUCUCUUUUGGGAAGUCGACGGAAGUUUAUGGAGAAACUGUGCCAAUACGGAAGCUCCAUGAUUUUGCUUCCUGCGUUUUCCUAUGUCAAAAACGUAGCUCUCUGCAUGCGGGCUUUCCACACGAUUCAAGACUUUGGGAGCCCCAUGCAACCAAUCUACUUCCAUCCAGAGUACUUAAAGGAUCUUGACACGUUCUGGCGCUCUCAAGGAUGGGAGGCUGUGCGUCUCAGUACUGGCAUGAUUGUGACAAGCAUGGCGUUGGAACUGUGUGACACCGUCGACCUGUACGGCUUCUGGCCAUUCGGUCUUCACCCACAGACCUUCAAGGAGCUGACCAACCAUUAUUACGAUGACAUGACAGGAAGGAGAGGAUUCCACGCCAUGCCGGGGGAGUUUAAGCUCUUGUUGCAGCUACACAGCGAGGGUAUACUUAGGCUCCACCUUGGUGACUGUGAAUCCAAUGGAGAGUAGUCCAAUAGGGAUAAAAAGCAUAGAGCUGUGUGUAUGUAAGGGUGUGUUGGCGUGUGCAUGUGCAGGUGUGGUUCUGCGUUAAGCAGAGGCCUAGGCAAGCAAAUCCUCCUGCCACCCAAAACAAAACAAAAUGGAGGAAAUUAUUUAUAUUCUGUUCUGGGAUAAAUGCAAAGCAGUCCAGAAACAAGUUGUCAGUAGGAUGUGCAAACUGUCUGUUGGAAUUCCCCUCUCUCUUUUAAUGCUGCCCUGGGCAAGUGCCUAUUGACCCUUUGUAACUAGUCACUCAAUCAUUCGAGGCGCCAUGACGGAUGUCGGAAGUGAGGGUUGGGAGUAUUUUACAGAGCAACUGAAAUAGUUUUUCCAAGAUGUUUUUGUCAUUUAUUUAUGGCCUCUACUUGUUCGGGUCACGCCAAUUUGUCUGUGAACAUGAUUAGGGCUCAUAGACGGUGGUAUUAACAAAAGUUUGAAAUA